AUGUUCUACACACACGUGCUUAUGAGUAAGCGGGGGCCAUUGGCCAAAAUAUGGCUUGCAGCUCACUGGGAAAAGAAACUCACAAAGGCCCAUAUAUUUGAAUGUAACCUAGAGAUAACCAUUGAAAAAAUUCUUUCACCAAAGGUGAAAAUUGCGCUUCGAACUUCAGGACACCUUCUUUUGGGAGUUGUUCGAAUCUAUAAUAGGAAGGCAAAAUAUCUCUUGGCAGAUUGCAGUGAAGCAUUUCUUAAAAUGAAGAUGACAUUUCGCCCAGGACUAGUUGACCUUCCAAAAGAGAAUUUUGAAGCAGCUUACAGUGCUAUCACAUUGCCAGAAGAAUUUCAUGAUUUUGACAUGCAGAAUGCGAAUGCUGUUGAUGUUUCAGAGCAUUUUACUCAGAACCAGAGUAGACCAGAAGAAAUCACACUUAGAGAAGACUACAGCAAUGAUCUACUUUUCCAAGCUGAGAGCUUUGGGGAGGAAUCUGAAGUUCUCAGAAGACAUAGCUUCUUUGAUGACAACAUAUUGCUGAAUUCCAGUGGUCUUUUAGUUGAACCUAGUUCUGGAAGCCUCACUGGAGAAAAAUCUCUGUUCUAUGAUAGUGGAGAUGGAUUUGGAGACGAAGGGGCUGCAGGGGAAAUGAUUGACAAUUUAUUGCAAGAUGAUCAGAAUGUCCUGUUAGAAGACGAUCAACUAGACAGAGAAAUUAUCCUGCCUCCGGAGCCUCCCAAUACUACAGUGGAAAAACUAGAUGAUCCAGAGUGUGUAUGUCUACCUGAAUAUGAAAAGAUGGAUGAAACUACAUUAUUAUCAGAAGAAGGAUUUACCCUUGACCCAAUUCAUGUUUCAGACAUUGCUGAGAAAAGGAAAGGCAAAAGAAGGAAAUUGCUCAUAGACCCAGUCAAGGAGAUCAGUAGCAAAAUUAUGCAUAAACAGCUUAUUUCCUUUGCGGAUACACUCAUGGUUUUGGAACUUGCACCUCCUACCCAAAGGUUGAUGAUGUGGAAGAAGCGGGGAGGAGUGGAUAUACUUUUGUCAACUGCUGCUCAGGAUUUAAUUCACGCUAAACUACAAAAGUUGUUUACAAAAUGCUUUCUGUCCUCUGGCUUUAAACUUGGAAGAAAAUUGAUACAGAAGGAGUCAAAAAGGGAAGACAUGGGAAUCCAAAACAUAGUAGAGACCUCCAUGAUGGAAGAGAAAAGUGCCCGGCAGGAGUUAAGUCAAACCAAACCCUGGAAGGAUGUGUUUGAUGGAUCUCAGUGUAGCUCUCAAGGGGAUGCCAAUAAAAAUAUUAACUCUGAGCAGGAUUUUGUUGAAAUGGUUUCUUCUGCUGCUGAGGAAUCCUCUUUAAUGAAUGCUUUCUUGGCUGAAGAAAUUGAAAAUGGUCCACUUGAAUUGUUGAAUGAAUCGUUGGGGAGUGAACAAAAUAUUGAGGCAGAGAGAUGGAAUCGAAGAAUUCUUCAGCUGUUAAAUAGCUUACGGAAAUCCAACAAGAUGGGAACACAGUCCUUCAGUCUGAUGAAGCUCUGCAGAAAUAGUGACCGAAAACAAACAGCUGCCAAAUUUUAUAGCUUUCUUGUCCUAAAAAAACACCAGGCUAUUGAGCUGAGCCAGAAUGCUCCCUAUGCAGAUAUUAUAGCUACAGUGGGGCCAAUGUUCCAUAAAAUCCCCAGCCCCGGAGAGCACCAAGCAAACCGCCUCCAGCAGGGGCUCCGGAGAGCAGCUCGGCGGCCCGGCGCGGCCCUGGCAGCCGAAGCCAUGGAAGCCUCCGCAGGUGAUGACAGGGACCCCGGGGACCUCUGGGCCCACCGCUUAGCCGCGCCCGCUGCUGCCAAGAGUGCCAAGGGCGGAGGCUGCCAGCGGUCGGUGGCUUGGCUGCCUCAGUGUCCCCCGCUCGCGUUCACCCGCCCCUUUCUCUUUUUCCCACCGCCGCAGGUUGCUGAUCAGGGCCAGGGCUGCAGCAGCGACUGCAGAGUCGCUGCGCCAGGCGGGGCCGGAGCGGUGCAAGCCGCCGGGGCUGCGGAGGGCGAGUGGACUCAGAGACAGCCACCUGAGGUGGACCACCUUGGGACUGUGCUAGAGCGCCAUGUGGCAGGGCCCAGCUCGGAGCUGUAG